CAGCAUUCCCGCUCAUUGUCUCCUCAAACAAACAAGGUCUACGUCCAAUUCAUGGACAAUGGGGGAAAGCGCGGAACAGGGCUCCCCAGAAUCUCAGGAUGCCUGGCUUGCCGCUCUCAGACGCAGUUCGACAAACCUCCGCAUUGAAGCACUACGCAAAUUGCAGCAAAGCAUCCAAAUCGCAGAUGAGACGGUCUCAAAGGAAUUGUUGAUCGUGUUGCCCGCUCUCCUUGCGACAUAUCCACGAUACCUAGAUCGAAAGUCUAGACGUGCGGUGCAGUCAUGCCUCCGAGCAUAUCUCACGACUCCCUCUUCCGCCGACGUUGCCUAUCCUGCGAUCACAAAAUUCCUAUUACAAGAGAGCCAAAAAGCUGUUAUAGCCCCCGGAAAUGCGUUUGUCCUGCUCGAGUGGUGUUGUCUCGUCCAACAAGAAAUCCGGCUCAAUGAGAAGUCAUUCGAACAAUGCUUUGGAAAAAUAUGCUUGGCUGCUGCCCGCCUUCUGGACAAAUGUGAAGACAAAUCUGUCCGUGGCGGAGUCCAAGGGUCUGCCUUGACCAUCGCCAGAAGGGGUUUGCGCGAUAUGUUCAAGACAACACAAGUCGGAGCCAGAGCGCUGCAACUUGCACUGCAAGACGUCGCAAGUUCCGCAGACGCAAAUGCCAGUCAUGCCCUUUAUGUAGGUGUGAUUGCCGGAGUCAGUGCACGUCUAGCGGAGAGGAGAGAAGAGCUUCAAGGGUCAAAAAAGCAGAUCCUUGAUUUCUAUGUCAAGUCGGUCAUAGGCUCAAAAUCCCCUGUGCCAUACGAGCAGUCUAUUGGUCUUAAAGACUUUUUCCUCGACUUUGUCACUCUUCAGGAUGUCGGCGACGUCUUGGUUCCCGCAAUCGAGAAGGCCAUCCUGAGAUCGCCCGAGGCUAUCCUUCAAGGCCCCAUUGAAGCGCUGGCUUUGUGUCUGCCAUUGACAAUCGACGUUUCAGGCUUCGUUCAUGGGAAGCUCCUGAAACCUCUUCUGUCAGCCAUGAACUCCACUAAUGCCAUCAUUCGUGAAGGUGCAGGCAAGGCUCUGUCAGCCCUGGUUGGCAGAGGAGGGUCGUCAGAUGCGCUGCAGAAGAUUGCCAGCGAAUUGGGAUCCACGAUGAAAUCUUCAAAGGCUGGAAGCUUUGAAUUGCGUGGUCUUUUGGCCGAUGUCCUGUCAAUGAUUGCUCCCGAAGUGACGACUUCUUCAGUCAUCGCCGAGUCCAUCGUCCCCGCGGCAUCUAAGGAGGCCAACGAGGGCGCACUACGGAGAGAGGUCGCUGCGUUAGCAACACAUCUGCCACUCGUUGUCACAACCUCGCCAAUUAAUAAGCCGCUUUCGGACCCAAUCCUCAAAGGCUGCGCUGACAAGAGGCUCCCUUUCCGCAAACUAUGGGUUCUGUGUCUUGCAAACGUCCUCAAACAUCUGAAAGUGGUGCCCUCUGAACAAGGGUCACGCGAAUUUGUCAAGUCAGCCUUGAAAACAUUGAAAGAAGUGCACGACGAGGUUGCCCUCAAUCCCCUCCCAGCGACCCAGAAUGGUUAUGUUGCUGCAGGUUUUGGUCUCCCCGGCGUACUUGACGCACCGGUUUUGAAGACGGAGGAGUACAAUUCAAGCAUGUUUGAUGAACUCAGCAACCAGUGUCUGGCCGUUCAACCCAAACUAUCUUUCCUCUUGAAUUCAAAAGUCUAUACACGACUCUCAUCUGCAGAUGAUUGCCAGUGGGCGCUGUAUGCGUUGACCAACCUGACGCAACAUCUCGGGCCAGCUUCAGAAGAAGCAAAAACCGCAUGGGCACGAGCAGUCUUGCACCUCUUGCUCACACCUGAAGUCGACUCCAGUGUGCGGAAGGAGACUGGAGUCGCAUUAUCACAGGCAUACUCGAAACAACCGGCUUCAGUAGGCCACAGCAUAGUCCUUGGUAUCUGGGACGUGCUUCGAUCCCGUGCUCUGGAGUUAAGUAAGAUGGCCGAAAAUUCCCUGAACGACAACCGCUUGAUUCAGGCAGUGAAAUGCAUAAGCAUACCGAGAGACAGGCUGGAGAAUAUGACCCAGGAAGCUGCAACUGAGGUGCUAGAGAACCAAGCCAUAUCGACGAUAGUAUUAUUGCGUCCUGAGCUGAUUCUCAACUCCGAUUGGAUUGCGACCUGCCUCGCCACGGGAAUCGAUCCAGGUGAACUUGCAAAGAAGCGACAGGGACCACUCUUCGGAGAGAUACUGUCACAUUUUGAGGCCGGCAAGAUGGCACCAUUAACGAUUUUCGAGAUCGCCGCUUGUAACUCUGCAGCCACAUUGGCCUUCGUGGCGCCCGAUGUCUUUACGUCAGCCUUGAUCAGACAGUUUCGGGAAGAUCUAGACCCUGUGCAAUUGGAAGCCGUGGGUCCCACCGAGGCGCUCAUUGCUAGGGCUCCUGAAGGCAGUGUUGUCGUCGAUGUCCUGGGCCAGCAGACGAAUGGAAUCCUUGAAAACAAGAACCAGAAAGACUACGAUGUUCUCAAAUGGGAAGAAGAGAUCCGCGCCCAGUUGGCUAAGAAGAAGGGCGCACCCCAGAAAAAGUUGACUGCAGAUCAACAGGCCAAGGUCGACGCUCAACUUAAGCACGAAAGUGCUACGCGAGCUCGGGUGAGGUCAGUCUCGAGCCACAUCAGAAGAGGUGCAAGAUUCAUUGAGAGCCUUGCUCACGGUCCGCCAACGGAUGCAGGGCUUUGGAUGUCUCCAGCGAUUACUGCGCUGGUGAGAUCUCUUGAAGGGGGAGCAGCACUCAUCGUCGAAAAUGAGCUCGUUUCAGCUUAUCUUGCCUGUUCGGACAAGAUAUCGGACCGCCUUGGAAAUAUGCGCCUUUUUGUCGGCGUUGCUACUCUCAGGUCUCUGCGGAGCGCAAAUGUUCCGGAGCACCUCUGCGUGGAACCCCUUGCAGAGCUUGGGACGCGAGUGUUGUAUAGAUUGAGAUUCGCCGCUGAGCAGCGUCCUUUUGACACUGCCAGCACUGCUUACGCCCUCCCUUUAAUCUUCUCCGUCCUCGAAAAUGGAAAGAUAGGCGAUGUGACGGGUGACGACGCAGACGCACAAGUACUCCUUGCGCUCGAAUUUCUGUCUUUCCAGAUGGGAUCCGGUGCCGAUGAACACCUUCCAAGAGCAGACAUUUUACGCCACUUGAUCAGUGCCAUGCGCAAAUAUAACCAACACUAUCGGAUACUGAGAGAUUGUCUGUUUGAUUUCUGCCGGUCAAUGUCAGAAAAUGUCACUGUCGAGGAGCGGGACAUUCUCCUGUCUGCAGUUACUCUCCCCGAGUCCGCAGUUCGAUCUGCGGUACUCCAAGCAAUCCAUUCAGAAAUUGACUUGUCUGAGAUUGACAACUCAGUCCAUAUAUGGAUUGCUUGUCAGGAUGAAGAAGACGAGAAUGCGGAGACUGCGCUGGCGAUUUGGGAAGAGUUCGAAUUCACUGUAACCGAAGGGUUGGUGGACGAAAUCCCUUCGUUUUUAUUCUCAGCAGCACGAUCGACCAGAGCGGCUUCAGCAAGAGCUCUUGCACAGGCCCUUAUCCAGAUCCCUUCAAAGACGGAUUCAGUAUUGGCGUCGCUCGAAGUGUCUUAUCGCACAGAAGCCCAGCCAUUGGUCCCCAAGCGGAACAAGUUCGGUAUUGUGCAAAAAGGAGAAUUGGUUGAUCAGUGGGAGAAGCGAAGCGGCCUUGCUCUGGCCUUCAAAGAGCUCUCUUCCGUCCUGAGCGGGUCUGCUUUGGUGCCCUUUAUGAACUUCUUGAUUUCCGAUGGUGCCCUCUCAGAUCGUAAUGCUACGGUCCGCGCAGAAAUGGUCGAGACGGGCACGGUCUUUGUGGCGGCACGAGGGAAAGAAUGUCUGGAGCCUCUGAUGGAGCUAUUCGAAAAAGUGCUGCAGGCUCCUGAUAAAGGCACCGAAGAAUCAGAUUGGGUCAAUGAAGCCGUAAUCGUUCUUUAUGGGUCUCUGGCAAGACAUCUUCCUGAUGGUGACAGGCGGAUAGGGAAUGUCAUACAGAAGCUUCUCGAUACUCUCAGCACACCAUCCGAGUCUGUUCAAUACGCUGUCGCCAACUGCUUGCCUCCUCUGGUUCGUCCUCCUUCUAUCGAUGCUGGACCUUAUAUCACUUCUCUCCUCGAUCAGCUUUUCCAUUCCAAGAAAUAUGCUGCACGCCGAGGAGCAGCCUACGGUCUUGCAGGCGUCGUCAAGGGUAAAGGUGUGGCUGCUUUGCGACAGCACAGAGUGAUGGUGGCGUUGCGAAGUGCGACCGAAAACAAAAAAAACCCUGAAGAACGACAGGGAGCAAUGAUGGCAUACGAACUAUUGUCCUCGCUGCUCGGACGAACCUUUGAACCAUAUGUGAUUGAGGUCCUCCCUCAGUUACUGAUAUGCUUUGGUGACCCUGUUGCGUCAGUACGUGAAGCUUGCUUGGACACCGCGAAGACGUGUUUUGCCAGCUUAAGCUCCUUUGGCGUGCGUCGCGUCCUCCCUGAAUUGUUGGAAGGUUUGAAUGAGACGCAGUGGCGAAGCAAGAAAGGGGCCUGUGACCUUCUCGGUGCCAUGGCUUACCUUGAUCCGCAGCAGCUCGCUACGAGUUUGCCAGAAAUCAUCCCUCCAUUGACAUCGGUCCUGACGGACAGUCAUAAAGAGGUUCGAGCCGCAGCCAACAGCAGUCUCAAGAGAUUCGGCGAGGUUAUCACGAAUCCUGAGGUCAAGAGCCUCGUUGAGAUUCUGCUCAAGGCACUGAGCGAUCCAACAAAGUAUACGGAGGAGGCUCUGGACGGCUUGAUCAAGGUUCAUUUCGUCCACUACCUCGACGCACCAUCACUCGCACUUGUUGUCAGGAUCUUAGAGCGCGGACUCAACGACCGAUCAGCUACCAAACGCAAAGCUGCUCAGAUCAUAGGGAGUCUGGCACAUCUCACCGAGAAACGUGAUAUCGUCACUCAUCUGCCAAUCCUUGUCACAGGCCUGCGUCUUGCGGCGGUCGAUCCGGUACCUGCAACUCGAGCAACUGCUUCCAAAGCUCUGGGCAGCCUUGUCGAGAAACUGGGCGAGGAUGCCUUCCCAGAUCUGAUACCAAGUUUGAUGGCGUCGCUUCGUACCGACACUGGUGCAAGCGAUCGCCUCGGGUCGGCACAGGCUCUCAGCGAAGUCCUCGCUGGCCUGGGCACCGGCCGUCUCGAAGAAACUCUACCAUCUAUCCUACAGAAUGUCGCCAGCGCACGGCCAACCGUACGAGAGGGAUUCAUGACUUUGUUCAUCUUCUUACCAGCAUGUUUCGGCAACAGCUUUGCCAAUUAUCUUGCCCAAAUCAUCCCAUCGAUUCUCAGCGGCUUGGCUGACGAUGUCGAAGCAAUCCGUGAAACCGCUCUUAGGGCAGGCAGGUUGCUUGUGAAGAACUUUGCAACUAAAGCAAUUGACCUGUUGCUGCCAGAAUUGCAACGCGGGUUGGCCGACGACAGCUACCGGAUCCGUCUCAGUUCAGUCGAGCUUGUUGGAGAUCUCCUCUUCAAUCUUACUGGAGUCAGUGCGCAAACAGAAGCUGAAGAAGAAGGCGAAGCUGCAACGCAAGCAGGACAAUCCUUACUGGAAGUUUUGGGCGAAGAAAGACGCAAUCGGGUUCUAUCUUCUCUCUACAUCUGCCGCUGCGACUCUUCUGCACAAGUUCGAGCAGCCGCCAUCGCCGUGUGGAAAGCACUGGUCGCAACACCGAGAACACUUCGCGAAUUGGUGCCGACUCUUUCUCAGAUGAUUAUUGCUCGCCUUGCCUCGUCCAACAUGGAGCACAAAUUCAUUGCUGCCAACGCUCUGGGAGAAGUGAUUCGCAAGGCUGGAGAAGGUAUCUUUGCCUCGUUGCUUCCGUCACUUGAGGAAGGCCUUCAAACUGCCACCGACCCAGACAAACGACAAGGGAUCUGUAUCGCUCUGCGAGAGAUUGUCAACGCUGCUUCCCCCGAGUCCCUGGAAGAGCACGAAAAGAAGUUGAUUGCCAUUGUCCGACUGGCACUGACAGAUUCCGAUCCCGAAGUGCGUGAAGCUGCUGCAGAAUCCUUCGACUCGCUCCAACAGAUGUUUGGCAAACGGGCCGUGGAUCAGGUGUUACCACAUCUACUGAACCUGUUGCGAAGCGAAACGGAGGCUGAACAUGCACUGUCCGCCUUGCUCACAUUGCUCACUGAAGCCACGAGAGCCAAUGUUAUUCUGCCUAACUUGAUCCCGACACUCCUCACCAACCCCAUUACCGGGUUCAACGCUCGAGCUCUGGCUUCUUUGGCUAAAGUUGGAGGUGCAAGCAUGACUCGUAGGCUACCCGCGAUACUGAACAGCCUUGCGGACAAUAUAGUCACAUGCAAGGAUGAGGAACUUUUGGAAGAGCUCAACGAGGCAUUUGAUACGACAUUGUCAUCUAUUGACGAAUUCGAUGGUCUCAACACCGCCAUGAGUGUCAUGCUGGCCAUGAUGAAGCAUGACGAUCACAAGAGACGUGCACUCGCUGCCAAUCAUUUAGCGACGUUCUUCGCAAAUCCCGUGGUCGACUACUCGCGGUACAAUCAAGACCUCAUCCGCACCCUCCUGAUCUCAUUCGGCGAUAGAGACCAAGAAGUUGUCAAAGCCGCAUGGUCCGCACUGAGCAAGCUGCAAUCUCACCUGCGCAAAGAAGAAAUGGAGACCCUAGUGACCUCUACGCGACAAGUCCUCCAGCAGGCUGGAACCGCGGGGUCUGUCCUACCUGGUUUUGCGCUGCCAAAGGGUAUCCUACCUGUACUCCAAAUUUUCUUGCAAGGCUUGAUGAAUGGUACAACCGAGCAACGGGUCCAGUCUGCUAUGGGCAUAUCAGACAUCAUCGAGCGGUCCAGUCCUGACGGGCUGAAACCAUUUGUUACGCAAAUCACUGGUCCACUCAUCCGUGUCGUUGGGGAGAGGUCAAUGGAUGUCAAAUGUGCCAUCCUGUCCACUCUCAUCCUGCUUCUCGAGAAGAUCCCUACAUUCUUGCGCCCGUUCCUGCCUCAGUUGCAGAGGACAUUCACAAAAUCCAUUGCCGAUCCAACGAGCGAAGUUCUCCGUACACGGGCGACGAAGGCAUUAAGUACGCUCAUCACGUUGACACCGCGCGUCGACCCCUUGAUUGCCGAGCUUGUCACUGGUGCGAAAACUCCCGACGCCGGUGUCCGCAACGCCAUGUUAAAAGCCCUUCAGGAAGUAGUUAGCAAGGUUGGAUCUAACAUGUCCGAUGGCUCGCGUGAAUCCAUCCUGGGACUUAUGGACAGCCAACAUGACGUCCAGGAUGAUAAUAUGAUGAUGACCAACGCCCGGCUCCUGGGGGCCAUGGUCAAAGUCCUUCCUGCAGAGAAAGCGGCGACUUUGAUCAAGACUCGCGUCCUUGUGCAACCGUCGACCAAUGCGUCGAUCCUUGCUCUCAACGCCGUGCUCUUGGAAAGCGCCCCGAUUUUGAUCGAAAAUCCGACCUACGUGGAAGAAACCAAGAACGUCCUGGUCAACGGGCUCACUGGGAAGGGUAGCACUUUUGUGCAGCAGAACGCUGUUCUCGCGCUGGGGAAAUAUCUCCUCUCUCUGCACGAGAUCUCCCCCGGGGCUCAAAUUGAAGAAACGUGCAGACCAUUGUUGAAAGCGCUCGCGUCUACCAUCCCACCGGGAGGGGAUAUCGACUCGCGCCGUCUUGCACUGGUGGUCAUCCGCACCAUCUUCCGCCACCACGGCAACAGUCUCCGCGAGGACCACCAGCUCUUGGCAAUCCUGGUGCCGUCGGUGUUUGCAUCGGUCCGAGACGUCGUGAUCCCCGUCAAGUUGGCGGCCGAGGCCGCGUUUCUGGAACUCUUCAACGUGGUCGACGAGGAAGUCGCCGUCUUCGACCGGUACAUGGCCUCGGAGGACGGCGGCAAGGCGCUGGGCGUGGGGGCCACGAGGGCGAUGGGAGACUACUUCAAGCGCGUGGCUCUCCGGCUGGGAAGCCAGGCGCGGGAGAGGAGGGAGGCGGAAGGCGGCGUCAAGGGCGGCUUGGGGUUGAGUUCGGACGAGGAGGAAGACGAGAGGGAGGUCUGGAGCGUGGGACGCGUGGACCUGGGCGACGCGGGAUUCAGCGAGGAAUGAGAAAAACAAAGGGAAAGAAACCGGUAGAAAGUUUCCAAAUGAAUCGAUUCUGUUGUGCAAUGAGGCAGAUGGUUGGAAACCCUGUGCCUGUUGUCUUUACUUCUCUGGUUGGAUUGGGGGUUCCUCGUACGAGUAUGCAUGUCUUUCUCUCUGCUAUCUCUGUAACUCUACGAGGACUCUCCAAAUAGGAAUGGCCGUGCAUAAUGCUGCUGUCAGG